CAUUUUCAGCAUGCGUCCAACUCACAGCGGCACCAUGAGCAAAUUAAAGAAUAAGAAACGACAUUUAGAGGAGAAUGAAGAGGAACAGUUGCCCAUCUUUGAUAAGGACAGUGGUGAAGAUGGUCAUCUAGAUGAUGGAGAUGAGGAUCCGGCUGAUCUGUCAGACAGUGAAGAGAGCGUUUUCUCUGGGCUUGAAGACUCGGGCAGUGAUGAUGAGGAUGAUGAUGAAGAUGACGACGAAGAUGAUGAUGAUAAGGAUGGUUCUGAGGAAAAGAGCUCUGAUGCAGAGGAAGACAAAGCCGAUGAUGAUGAUGGAGACCUCAAGCUUUCAGCCAAAGAUGACGUCAAACCUCAGGUUGAUAGCCAGAAUUCAAAGGAGAAGAAGAAGAAGAAGAGAAAGGGUAAAUCUGUGCUGAAGGAUGGAGGAGAGGAGGACGUUGCGUCGGGCAGAGAUGAGGCCCUGAAGAUCACCUCUCAGGUGGACGAAUAUGACCACGACACAUCAGAUGAAGAGGACAUUCGUAACACGGUUGGGAACAUCCCGAUGGAGUGGUACAAGGAUUAUCCUCACAUCGGAUACGACCUGGACGGAAAGAAGAUCUUUAAACCGAUCAGAAACAAAGAUGAGCUGGACGAGUUUCUGGACAAGAUGGAGAAUCCUGAUUACUGGCGAACUGUCCAGGACAAGAUGACCGGCGCUGAUAUCCGUCUGUCGGACGAGCAGGUGGAUCUGGUCCACCGUCUGCAGCAGGGCAAAUUCGGUGACGUCAACUUCAACGAAUACGAGCCUGCAGUUGAUUUCUUCUCCAAUGAAGUGAUGAUCCACCCCGUCACCAACAGGCCUCAGGACAAACGCAGCUUCAUUCCCUCGCUAAUCGAGAAAGAGAAGGUCGGGAAGUUGGUUCAUGCCAUUAAAAUGGGCUGGAUUAAGCCUCGCAGACCCAAGGAAACCACGCCGCAGUAUUACGACCUCUGGGCCAAAGAAGACCCCAACAGCAUUCUGGGACGCCACAAGAUGCACGUCCCAGCACCCAAGAUGAAGCUUCCGGGACAUGAGGAGUCCUACAACCCUCCUCCAGAAUACCUGCUGUCCGAGGAAGAGAGACUGGCAUGGGCUGCACAGGACCCCGAGGACAGAAAGCUGAGUUUCCUCCCGCAGAAGUUCUCGUGUCUGCGAGCCGUUCCUGCAUUCUCACGCUUCAUUCACGAGCGCUUCGAGCGCUGCCUCGACCUCUACCUGUGUCCCAGACAGAGGAAGAUGAGGGUGAACGUGAACCCAGAAGACCUGAUUCCCAAACUUCCCAAGCCCAAAGACCUGCAGCCGUUCCCCACCACACAGUCUCUGGUGUAUCGUGGUCACUCCAGUCUGGUCCGGAGCAUCAGUGUUUCUCCCAGCGGUCAGUGGCUGGUGUCUGGCUCUGAUGACUGUACGGUGCGCUUCUGGGAGGUCAGCACUGCACGCUGCCUGAAAACAGUGCAGGUAGGCGGAGCCGUGAAGGGCGUGGCCUGGAAUCCCAAUCCUUCCAUCUGUUUGGUUGCUGUCAGCUAUGAAGACUCGGUGCUCCUGCUGAACCCUGCUCUGGGUGAUCGGCUCCUCUGCACCGCUACAGAUCAGCUCAUCUCCUCCUACGCGGAGCCAGAGGAAGUGAAGGAGCAGCCGGUUCAGUGGCUCGUCUCAGAGGGCGAGGGUCACGAGCAGGGUCACCGCCUCGUUCUCAAACACCCCAAGGCGGUGAGGCAGGUGACGUGGCAUGCUAAAGGAGAUUACCUGGCGUGUGUGCUGCCCGACAGCAGCAGCAGUGUUCAGGUGCUCAUCCACCAGGUGAGCAAGCGCAGGACGCAGAACCCCUUCCGCAAGAGCAAGGGUCUGGUGCAGUGCGUCUCCUUCCACCCCGUCAGGCCCUAUUUCUUCGUGGCCACGCAGCGAUACGUGCGCGUCUACAACCUCAUCAAGCAGGAGCUCACCAAGAAGCUGAUGGCCAACUGCAAGUGGAUCUCCAGCAUGGCCAUCCAUCCAGGAGGUGACAAUGUGAUAUGCGGCAGCUACGACUGUCGUCUGGCCUGGUUUGAUCUGGAUCUGUCCACUAAACCGUAUAAAGUGCUCCGACAUCAUAAGAAGGCCCUGAGGAGCGUGUCCUUCCACAGCCACUACCCGCUGCUGGCAUCCGGCUCUGACGACGGCAGUGUGAUCGUCUGCCACGGCAUGGUCUACAAUGACCUGCUCCAGAAUCCUCUGAUUGUCCCGGUCAAGGUUUUGAAGGGUCACAGCAUCACUCAUGACCUCGGGGUCCUGGACGUGACCUUUCACCCGACUCAACCCUGGGUGUUUUCCUCCGGGGCCGACGCAACCAUCCGACUCUACACCUAAAAACCCAACCAUGCAUAAAUCCCACACCGCUCUCCCAGGACAUCCGCUCGUACGCUGCUGGCAGGAUUCAAGAGCCAGAUCCCAGAUUGAACAUGUCAUUAUAAUAUGUGUUUGCCUUUCUUUCUUUUUUUUAACGCUAGAAGAAAAAUACAUCCAGCCGCUGUUGGAGUCCCGCCGGGAUCGACUGACGCUGUGAAACCAAAGGCAGCGUUUCCGUAUCGGCACAUUUCAGCCCGACUGCUAAUCCUUUAGACAAGGAAGCUGAAUUUGAAAUGAAACAAAUGUCUGAUGUUUGCUGAUGCCAAAGGAAACAAACGUGAAAACAAGACGUCUGUCCUUCACCUUCGCCACCCACCCACCGCCGUCAGUCUGCUCGCUGAUUAUCGUUUUUUAUCUUGUAAACUCUUUAGCAGUCUUGUUUCAGAGCCGGGGGUCUUUUUAAUUAAACAUGGUGUUUCUGGAA